CCAUCUCGGUGUGCUGGGAGCUGUAGUCUCUGCGGAAGGAGCGGGCGGGCCGCGAGGGGCGGUUAUCGUGGGGUGAGGGUGUCUGCGUCCUCAUCUCGAGCUGGGACGGUGCGGUGCCGCCGCCGCAUCUUCCCGCCCUUUCCUCCUUUCCUCAGGGCGCUCGUUGGGUGGGCAGAGGGAGCGGGGCCGUGCCGCUGCCGGGGCCCCGAGCUGCUCCUCCUUCCCUCGGCGGAAUCGGGAAGGGCGGAUCGGUGCUGGCGGAGGGGAGUUCUGCCGUCUCCCGAAGUCGGUGCUGGGAGUGGCGGAGGUGCUCGGCCGCAGCCAUGUAGCCCCGAGCGGGCGGCGGCUCGCGGCGGUCACCCGUAACCGAGAGCCAUGUCCCUAUCCCGCGUGGAGAACCCCUGCUUCCUGCUGUUCCUGCUCGUCUUCCAAGCCGUGUUCAUCCUGAUACUGUACCGAGGUGGAGCCUCGAGCGUGUUCCGAGGGUUUUUGGAGACGCAGCGCGUUUUGGAUUACUCCAAAAGCCACGACGUGUACACGAACCUCAGCCUGCUGGUCCCGGCUGGCGGCGGGGCGGCGCUGCCCUACUGCUCGGCGCACUCACCCAUCGCCGUUGGUCCAUUAACCAUCACUUUUAACGUGCUCCCCAGUGAAAGAAUGAUCAUCCAAAAAAAUCCUUUUGUUCAGUCUGGAGGCCAGUACAGACCACCUCACUGCUUGGCCCGCUAUAAGUCGGCCAUCCUUGUAGCAUACAGUAAUCAGGAGAAAUACCUUCACCAUCUUCUCUACUACAUUCAUCCUUUCUUGCAGCGCCAGCAGCUCAGCUAUAGAAUCUACUUGAUUCAGCAGGUGGGGAAUGGCACGUUUAACCGAGCAAAGUUACUUAAUGUUGGUGUCCGAGAAGCCCUGAAGGAUGAAGACUGGGACUGCCUCCUUCUGCAUGAUGUGGACCUGGUACCUGAGAAUGAUUAUAAUCUCUAUGUCUGUGAUGAAUACUAUCCCAAACAUAUGGCUAGUGCCAUGGAUAAAUUUCAGUACAACCUUCCAUAUAAGUCCUUUUUUGGAGGUGUAUCUGCUUUGACUCCAGAGCACUACAUGAAGAUGAAUGGGUUUCCAAACACGUACUGGGGUGAUGGUGGUGAAACCGAUGACAUCGCUGCAAGGAUCCAGUUAGCAGGCAUGAGAAUUGUGCGGAACCCACCACACCUUGGACGCUACAAAGUGAUGGACUACAACAGAGGGACAGAAGAGUCUUGGAGAAGGCCUGCUUCCCACCACAACACUGCAAAAACUUGGAAGGAUGAUGGGAUGAACUCUUUAGAGUUCAAGCUCCUUUCCAGAACAAAGCAUCCUCUUUAUACCAACAUUACUGUGGACAUUGGAUAUGUUCCUCCCUUUUCUUAAGAUAACGAAACCUAAGUGGAGUUUGAAUUCACUGUGACAGCACAGUUAUGGGUAUUCAGCCUCUACCUCUGGCUGUGGUGCAGAGUCUGCAGCACCUGAGACAAAUCCUGUUGCCUUUCAUACACUGAACUUUUCUUCGGAUUAUAGAAGACUUUGAAGAAAAGGCUUCAGGAAUGAGGCAUGAUAGCUACAACCAGGAUCUGUCUUACUGUAAAAGUCCUUUAAAAGCACUGUAAAACUACUGAACCAAAUCUACCUGUCAUCCCUCAGGCUGGAGAGAGGCUGUCUCCUUGACAGUAAGUUGACCCAAGUUUUCUGGAACCUUCAUUCCAUAACGGGAUGGCUCUGUUCUGCUGCUUACUCAUCCGGUAAGUGGGAUUCAGGCCAUUCUGUCAGUCCUCUGAAAUGCUGUAUUUUGAGAGAGAACUUGCUUGGUGUUGAAAACUCAUUACAGUUCUGUGAAUAUUGUUUGUGAAUUUGUGUCAAGAAAGUUGAGGUGUUUGUUUGGAUUAAGAUUUUUCUAGAGUAUUUAAUAAGAUUUUAAUAAAGGAGAAGGUUGCUCUGAAGUUAGAUGAAACUAUAGCUUAAAUUCGUGGUUGUCUGGCUGGAUUAUGAAUGAGUGUGCGAGUUCUUACUGUAGCCGUAAUUCAAAUCUAAAGAGGCUGUCAGCUAUGCUCAGCAGAUGGAAAUUAAUCUACCAUUUCAGCCAUUGCUCAAAUGUUAAUUAUCUCUGAAGGUUGAUCUGUAUUCAAUUAAAACACUUCUGAGAAAUGAAAUACUAGAAGAAAAAUGACAUAUUUGAUGUAAACAGUGACCCUGUGACCCUGGCGAGAGUGCAUUUGUGUACUUACCUGACCGUGAGGCUGAUGGUCUGCUCUACAUCUUGCCAUUGCUGUCAUCUCUAUGUCAGUCAAUCAGUAGUACUGCCUGCAAGCUCCAACUAUUUUGCAAGUGUAAGAUAGGAUUUUUUUUACCUUGUUACU